AUGCUCCUGACACCCACCGCGGCGUCUUUGCAUUCUCUCAUUCUCCCGUCCGCCUUCGACAGCGUUCAGAUCUGGACUGCGAAUCUUCUAGUCCUCCUUUGGCCGCCCGGCGUCGGACAUUACCGUCCCCCUCGCCUGACCAUGAAUGAUAUAUACAAUGUGCCCUCGAGUCGCGGGGUUCCCCAUGCGGAGGCCAGUGCGGAAACCGCGACACCACUCGCGGGAGAUUCAAACCACACGGCAGAAAUCCAGGUUCCACGAUCGCCACAGCCUCUGUCCUUGCAGGUUAAUUGCUUGGAGGCUGGGGUUUAUAGCCGGGGUAACUCGAACGUCAGCUAUGUCGAAUCGUCCGAACACGGCAGUGACACCUCAGAUGGCCAUCGACCAGAACUGCAAUCCGCGAGCACUUUCACAGACUCCCUACCGAGCAUACCGUCCUCAUCGCUGAACGAUUCAAACCGAUCUAUGGACCUCGAUACUUCGUAUGGGGUGAUUGGGAGCGUGGGAAUGCCCAGGACAGAACAAAAGGCUUCAGAUCUUCUGGAAACAUUGCAUACUUCACGAGCCAAUGGUAACGUGACAGCAACCGGAACAAAUAGUGCAGUGAAAUCAGAAAGACACAGCGAUGACUUCAUAUCACCUCUGCGGUCACCGAAAAAUUCGAGCGCUCGACCGCAAGGAGCUGGUACGCGCUUUGUCCCGGGCCACAAACGAACAGCAACUGGAGACAUCAAACACAUCUCUUCUACACUUGCUUCCUCUAGAAGCUCAGAUACCAUUGGGGCAGCUCGCCGUCGGUCAAAGAGCAUGGGAUCAUCGGCCCACGGCAGCAGAAUCGCCCAGCUGUCAGUCCAUAUACGUACACGACUGUCAUACGCGGCCGCCAAGGUAGAAAAAUCACGACAGUCACCAUCUAGUAUACAAUUAGCACUUCGCGGGCUCGAAAACCUGCCAUCUCCAGACACCCCUUCGAAUGGCAUUGCAUCAACUCAAGACUCAACACAUAUUCCCCACGCACAAAAUGGCCAACGUCCGUCAUCUACCGACGCACUGCCUAACCAUCAACAUUCUCAUCAUAGAUCGUAUUCGGCAAUCUCAUCUCCUGGAAAACUUCUGCAAAUUCCGAAGUUGGCACCCCCGGCCGACAUUGUUUCAUCGGUCGGAGACACCCGACGGCGGCGACCCAAUCCGAACUGGGCCUCGAAACCAUUCGACCACAGCCCCUAUGCCCGCCACCGACGCCAUCAUUCCCACCAAGAACACUCUAUUAUCCGGCCUCUCAAUGGGUCGUCGCCAAGAGUUAUGGGACCAGGGACGCCGUCCAUCCUGCCGACUAGUCGUGGACCUACAUCGUCUCAAAAUAUCUACUACGGAUCACGAACCCAGUCUGAAAACACUGCUAUGGAGCAGGAUGCCAUCGAAACGUUGCUUUUUAUGUCCAGCCCUGAGAACUCGGGGUACCGGUCUAGUCCUCGACCGUUGCAGCAGCCACCUGCAACAAGGCAAAGCUUGAAUGCCUCGUUGUAUUCCCACAACCACAGCAAUGGAGUAGGAACUCCACAGAAUCAAAAUCCGCAGGAUGGGGAAUCUUUGCGCAGCCAAGAUUUCAAAUCACGAGACCACGGAAGGGGUUUAGAAGCCCAUGCAGGAGACGAGAUCGAUCGUAUCCUAGACCAGAUGGACAGUGACAGCGAUGAUGAUGCCCGAUACGCCUCGCAUCGUCAUAUUAUCAAGGCUCCGCAAUCUAGGUGGCACCGUGACCAGCGGAGGUGA